UUAUGACCAUAAAUAUCAGAGGGUUUCCGAACGAAAAGUGUCAAUACCAGCUGUUUAUUUGUUGAUCUAACGUCAAAACAAAUUAUAUAACCUAAAAUUUACGUAGUAACAAGUUCUUGAUCUGUGCUUAAACUGUAUUUCUAACAUGACAUAGCUUUUAAGUUCAAGAAAGCAAAGCUGUUAAAUCGAAAAUAUAUUCUUAUGUGAAAUGAAUUCUAGUUUAAUGUCUACGAAAAUAAAGGUAUUAUGUAUGAUGCCUACAAGAUCUUUUUUGUCUAAACCGGCGGCUUCGGAAGUUCUUACAGCAUAUUUAUUACAAUGUAACGAGCCUCCUUGGACUUCUUAUUUUGUAAAGUACAGUAGUGUUAAAGAUGAUCAAUUUGGCAUGUCUAACUUCAAUUGGAGAGCUGGGAACUCAAAUUAUCAAAUAUUAAGAACUGGAUGCUUCCCAUAUAUUAAGUAUCAUUGCUCAAAACGAAUAGCUGAAGACUUGACUUCCUCAGAUAAAUUUAUGAGAUUCAUAAAAGUAGCCAAUUUAGGUAUACCGUGCUUAUUAUAUGGACUCGCUGCAACGCAACUGAUACGACACCAAGAAAUAGUUCACACUAGUAAGGGACCAGUUACAAUAUUUUUCUUACUACCUGAACAUAAAGGAUCUUUACAUUGACAACAAUAUAUAUUAGAUAAAAUAUGAAUUGAGGAUUUUUAAAAAGAACCAGAUAAACUAACUAAUUCUAUAUGGGUACGAUGAAAGUCGAAUUUAUAUGGAUGUGUCGUAUAGUUGAAAAUCAAAGAAGUAUUUAUUCAAACCUAAAUCCGUUUAUUUUGAUUAAAAAAGCUUCAAAAUGAUGUUAAAAUUUACAAACUUAUACCAUGAAAUGGACAUAAACUCAGUGAUAUUAAAAUCAUAGAUAUAUCUAUAAAUCUUUUAUCUCCAACGCGGGCAAAGACAGACUUUAGUUUUAGGUGUCAAGCAGUUGGAGGUUACCCUUUAGAAAAAAGCUCCCACAGAAAAUAAUCGGUGGCUGUUUUUUGUGUAGUGGAUCAGUUUAGGCUAAGUAAAAUAAAAGUGGUAGUAAAAGUGAGACAGGACCGCACACACAAAUGCCAAAACUAAAAAGGGGGGGGGGUUUAGACCCAUUUACCACCCCUCUGUCUACGGCCAUAGUAAAUAUAUUAAUGUGUAAGAUACUGUUUAUACAAAUCUAGUCGAAUAAAAAAGUUAAUUAUUAA